GUAUCUUGCACUUUCUCUCUCUGGAAUUUCCUAAUUUUCUCCUCCUUUUUAUGUUUUUAUCCUUUGCCUAAUCAAUUUUCUUCUUCGCCAAUUUCUAAUCUUCACUUUUCAUUUAGUUAGGAAUUAAUUCUUCAGAUUCAUAGAAAUGUUUGAUUUUUUUCUGAUUUUUUUUUUAAUAUAGUUCAUCAAAGAACGAUGAUUAACCGUCCGAUCAUAGGAGAUUUUGAGAUUUUGUUAUGGCCGUUUGAUCUUUGAGCUGCGAAAUGAGCUCUGCGAAAAGACGGAAAACGAAUCUAGUUAUAAAUAAUUAUGAAGAUGAUUAUCUAUUGGAUUUCCGAGAUCUCGUUUUUGUUAUUUAUUUAAUUAUUUAUUAUUAUAGUGAAGUAUGCAUAUCGAUUUAAGAAAGUGGAGUUUUUUUUUUUUCAGUUUUUAUUCUGGUUAGAUUUUGUGUUUGUUUCGUUUUUAGAUCUGAAAUUAAAGAAAAUAAAACUUGAAGAAGUGACUGAGAAUCUGAAAUAGAAAUACCUGUAUGAUUUUACUGUAGUCAGUAAUUGAGUGCUUUACUCUCUGUCAGUAUGAAUUCGGAAGUUUUUUCAAGUGGAAGCUGCUGCGCUGUAUAGUUUUGUCAAUUCUUUAAAGCUAAGUAUUCAGUUGUUUACUAUUAUUUAACUGCACAGAGUGCGACCUGUUUCGAGUUUUUAAUAUUUCAAGUUUCCAAUUAAUUUUUUAAUUUUAAAUUUAGUGAUAUCUGCUUGAUUAUUUAUAGAGCUGGUUGGUUUCUUCCUUAGCAUGGAAAAAAGGAGGAAUAUGUGUAUUUAUUGUCAUUAAUUGAUAUACUAACUAAUGAUUUAAUUUUGCAUUUUUGCUAGUUAGUGGCUCAGUUUUUUGGGUAUUUGAAACAAUGGGGUCUUACAUGAACUUCAAGAACUCAGGAGAAGCAGAUGGUAGUGGUGGAAAUGGAAAUGGAGUGCCCCAUUUUAAUUACCCACUGGUUCGACAGUCGUCGGUAUAUUCCCUCACGUUCGAUGAGUUUCAGAGCACGUUGGGUGGAUCCGGAAAGGAUUUUGGAUCAAUGAACAUGGAGGAUCUGUUGAAGAGCAUUUGGACAGCUGAAGAAAGCCAGGCUGUAGGUGGUGGAGAUGGAGGUGCGCCAGCUGGCAACUUGCAGAGGCAGGGUUCUCUAACGCUACCUCGUACGCUUAGCCAGAAAACCGUCGACGAAGUGUGGAGGGAUGUCUUGAAAGAGCCUAGUGGCGGUGGCGGUGGUUCGGGUUUGGGGCCAAGAGAGCCCACUUUGGGCGAAAUGACACUCGAAGAGUUCUUAUCUAGAGCUGGUGUUGUCAGAGAAGAUAACCAACCUUCUGUGGGGCCCACUGGAACCGGCUUCUACAGUAGUUUAUCUCCGUUAAACGGUAAUAAUAACGCUGGUUUUACCAUUGGAUUUCAACAGCCGUCUCAGAACAACAUCGUUCUUAAUCCACCUAAUUUGGGGAUUAAUAUGAGUGGUGUAACGACUUCUCAACCGCUGCCAAGGCCACAGCUACAGCCUCUUUUUCCUAAGCAAACAACUCUGGCUUUUUCCUCCCCGACACAAAUUGUGAGCAAUGCUCAUAUAUCUAGCCCAGUGGCAAAGGGCAGAAUGGGGAAUGGUUUGAAUAACGGUGUAAACGUUCAAGGUGGGAAAAUGGUGAUGGGCGGUGGAUCGAGCAAUGGAGUGGCGGCGGCGGUUGUUGCUGCAGGGGGGUCUCCAAGGAAUCAUAUGUAUUCGGAUUCUGUCGGUAAGAAUGAUACGGACUCUUCAUCUGCUUCGCCUACGCCUUAUCAUGUCGGGGAAGGUGGAAGAGGGAGGAGGUCUUCUAGUUCGUUGGAGAAAGUGGUGGAGAGGAGGCGGAGGAGAAUGAUUAAAAACAGAGAGUCUGCCGCCAGGUCACGAGCUAGAAAACAGGCCUAUACUCUGGAAUUGGAAUCGGAAAUAGCAAAGCUCAAAGAAAUGAACCAAGAGUUGCAGAAAAAGCAGGAAGAACUCGUGGAGAUGCAGAAAAAUCAGAUUUUGGAGACGAUGAAUAAACAGUGGGGAGGUAAAAGAAGAUGCUUAAGGAGGACUGUGACUGGACCUUGGUAGUAAUAUUAGAUCACAAAAUCUGAAAGCUUAGUGUGUUUCAUAGGAUUGAACAGCGUACCGAAGCAAAGAGUGUAUUGCUGUAAAUUAUUAUGGUGCUGCUCUUAUAGGUGUCGGAAUAUAUACGACCUUUAUUUGCUUCUCGUUUUGUUUAAUAUUUAGAUUAAUAUUUAUUUAGAAAAACAUCGUGGAUCCUUGUAUUAGCAGAAUACAGUAUUGGUGUUGCAAACAGUAUAUUAAUUUUUAUCUUCUUUUGUUCUGGUAA